AUGGCUAUAACAUUUAAAAGUAUAUUUAAAGUUUAUUAUAUUAGACAAACUAUUUUCAAACAAGUUGAAGAGAUACACAAGAUUGAAAAUGGUAAAACUAGAGAAUUAUCAUUAAAAGGAAGAGAUAUAAUUGAUCUACCUUUACUUGGUAUGAUCACUCUUUAUGCAAUGCCAUGGUGUUUUGUUAAACAUUAUCUGCCGGCUAGAGAGACACUAUUGGUUGAAAGAAGGAAUCGUAUUAUUUCAGAUUAUUGUGCUCAUCAAAAUGCAACGUUGGAUACACUCCAACAUCUAUUGGAAUGGUCACCAGACUUUGAUGCAUCGGGGGCAGGUGGUCUAAUUGCAUCGACAACAAAGUAUGGAAAGUUUGAUAUUGUAAAGUACCUUUUAGAGAAAUACGACAACUUGGAUAUGAAAUUUGCAAAGGAUACAGCUGCUAAACUCGGACAUGUAUCAAUCAUGGAAUUACUCGAUUCCUAUCCAAAUACAGGUGAAUACCAAGAUAAUUCUUUAGAAGGGGCUGCUAAAAAUGGACAUUUAGAUUCGGUUGUUUAUUUACACAAGAUGGGUCAUCCAACAAACUCAAAAGCUCUCUUUCUUGCCGCUCAACAUGGUCAUCUUGAAGUUGUCAAGUUUAUUCAUUUUAAUCAUAAAGAAACUAUCUUUAGGGUAAAUCCAAUGGAUCAAGCCGCUGAAAAAGGGUAUCUUGAAAUUGUUGAAUUUUUACAUAAUCAUCAUAAAAAGGGAUGUACUCCACGGGCAAUGGAUCUAGCUGCAUGGUUUGGCCAUUUUGAAGUAGUCAAGUUUUUACAUUAUAAUAGAACUGAAGGAUGCUCGACUCAAGCAAUGAAUAGAGCCACCACAUUGGAAAUCCUUCAAUUUCUUCAUGAAAAUCGUACAGAGGGGUGCUCGCAUGCUGCUAUGGAUCGUGCUGCCAUGUAUGGGGAUUUUGAAAUGGUUAAAUUCCUUCAUUUUAAUAGAACCGAGGGUUGUAGUACUGAUGCCAUGAAUUUAGCAGCAAAAAAAGGUUAUUUGGAGAUUUUUUUACAUUUAAAUAGAACAGAAAAAUGGUCAGACCAUAUUUUAGACAAUGCAAUUCAAAGUGAAGAUCUAGAGUUGGUAGAAUAUAUUUAUGAAAACUUUGAUGAUGAUUGUAUAAAUGGAAUUACAGCAGAAGGAGUUGAAUAUGCUGCUAUGAACGGGUCUUUGGAUAUAAUCGAAUUUUUACAUCAAGAAUAUCCAACCGCUGAUAUUUGGACCCCUAAAGCCAUCGAUUGUGCGGCAAAAAAGGGCCACCUGGACAUUGUAGAGUUUUUACAUGAUAAUAGAAGUGAAGGAAGUACAUCCAAUGCUUUAGAUAAAGCUGCCGAGAAUGGAUUUUUGGAAAUAGUAGAAUUUCUUCACAAGAAUCAAAGCGGUGGAUGCACAAUUUCUGCGAUGGAUAUGGCAGCAAGUAAUAGUCAUUUGGAUAUAGUAAAGUUUUUACAUUAUAAUCGUACAGAGGGAUGCUCGACCAUUGCGAUGGAUGGUGCAGUUCGAAAAUGUGAUCUACCAACAAUUGAAUUCCUUCACAAGAAUCGUACAGAAGGCUGUACCUCCCUCGCUCUUUACACAUAUGGAGCACAACUUGCUAGAUAA